AUAGAGAGUUUUAAUUGAACUUUUCCAGCCCGGAGCGGCGGUUCGGGACCAGCAGUCACCCAGAAACGGAGGGAGGGGUGAGAAAGGAGCCGGCGCUGUGAUUGGCGCAGAGACGCAGCGUGCGCGCGCGCCGCGGACCCCACCCGGAGCUCCUUAAAGGCCGGUGGAUGGCAGCUGGGCGUCCUCCCACACCGCAGUGACGGCAGGCGGACGCGCAGCGGAAUAUUCGGGGAUUUCUGUCCGGACGGACGGACGACGGAAGCCGGAGGGGAGAAAAUGAACGUUUGCUGGGGGAUUUUGGAGGAGAAGUGAUCCGAGAAGCGAAAACAAAAAGAAUUUCCGGUUUGUGAGCUGCGGCGGGAACAGACGGCGGUCCCAGCAUGCAGCACUACGGGGUCAACGGCUACUCUCUCCACGCCAUGAACUCCCUCAGCGCCAUGUACAACCUCCACCAGCAGGCGGCGCAGCAGGCGCAGCACGCGCCCGACUACAGGCCGUCCGUGCACGCGCUCACCCUGGCAGAGAGACUGGCUGACAUCAUCCUCGAGGCCCGCUAUGGCUCUCAGCACCGAAAGCAGCGGCGCAGCCGCACGGCCUUCACCGCCCAGCAGCUGGAGGCUCUGGAGAAGACCUUCCAGAAGACGCACUACCCCGACGUGGUGAUGCGGGAGCGGCUGGCCAUGUGCACCAACCUGCCCGAGGCCCGCGUGCAGGUCUGGUUCAAGAACCGCCGAGCAAAGUUCCGGAAGAAGCAGCGCAGCCUCCAGAAGGAGCAGCUCCAGAAGCAGAAGGAGGCGUCUGCGGCCGCCGAGGGGUCCACAGAGGACGCCAAAACCGAGACCACCUCCGCCACCACCCCAGCUCCCGAGCCCCGCACUCCUCCUCCUCCCCCCUCCUCUGAGUCUGAGCGGCUGGCGGCGGCGGCGCGGCCCCAAGCGGGUGAGAUGAGCGUGGAGGUCAACGUCACCUCCCCGGAGCCGUCAGACGGCGAGUCGGCGGUGGAGGAUAACGCCGACAGGGAGGAGGAGGAGAUGAGAGGGGAGGGGGGGCCGGCAGCUCAGGCGAGGAGCAGCUCCCCCACCUGCAGACGGCUCAGCCCCACGCCAGAUUCGCCGCUGAGCUCUCCCGCCCUGCCGUCCUCCAGCAGCCUGAGCGGCGGCGGCUUGGCGCCCAGCAACUCCUACGCUUCGUCGCCGCUCAGCCUCUUCCGGCUGCAGGAGCAGUUCCGGCAGCACAUGGCCGCCACCAACAACCUGGUGCACUACCCGUCCUUCGACAUGAGCGCGCCGUCCUCCCUGCCCUACCUGGGCAUGAACGUGCCCUCGCCGCUGGGCUCGCUGCCCUGCCAGUCCUACUACCAGUCGCUGUCGCAGGCCCAGCAGGUGUGGAACAGCCCCCUGCUGCAGGCGGCGCCCGCCGGCCUGCCGGGGAGCCUCAACAGCAAGACCACCAGCAUCGAAAACCUGCGUCUGCGGGCCAAGCAGCACGCCGCCUCGCUGGGGUUGGACACGCUCCCCAACUGAAGCCGCUCCGCCCGUGUGUCCGACUCCCCCAUCCGUGACCCGUGUGCAGAACCCCCUGAAAGCAUCAAGCCACGAGGACGGCGAGGAUCAUCAUCACCGAACAAACCACACACAGGAAGGAGGAUUUAAUGAAGACAUUUUUGAGUUUUCCAUGGAUGCUUUUAUUUUAGCUCCUCGCUAUAACGCCCUUAAAGUGAGCCGUGCAUGCCAGCACUCCUGUGAGGACCCGCCCACGUGACCACACGACCGUCCGCUCCUUUACAAACCCACGGACGCUUGUAAAUACGCCUCAGCCUCAAUGUCCACAGUCCUGCCGGCACAGCAACGCCUCGCUUUGUCUGCAGCGUGGAAGGAAUUUCAACAAAACCCUGAUUGAAGGAGAACAUCCUGGAAUCGAAUUUAACUCGACACUUUUCCUGAUUCUGCUGGGAAGAGGCGGAGUCACAGUGUAUUAUAUCAUGUAGAUCAAAGACCUGUAUUUCUUAAUUGAUUUAAAUGUGAGUAAUUUAUCUGUUCGAAGCAAAAGAAUAAAUCAAUCAUGAGAAUCUUU